AUGAGCGAGCGCGAGAGAUAUCGCGCGCCGCCGCAGCCCGAGCCGCCGCCGCAUCGCGUGCGUGCCGCGGACCUCUACCCGCGCGUGAAAACGCACUACGACGAGCCCGGCCUUGAUGCCGGCUUCACACCCAUAUGCGGCGAGUUCGUAAAGUGGGUGGGGCGCACGGCGGAUGGCGGCACGAUCGCGAUGUCGACGUACCGGCUGCACCUGCAGCCUCGCCGCCGCGAGAGCGCCGGCGCCUCCGUGCCGCUGCGGCUCAUCGACGCGCUCGAGAUUUGCGACCUGCUAUGCCUGCUAAUACUCUGCAAACACGGCCGCCAGCUCAAAUGCACCUUUACAACAAGAGAACAGUGUCUAGAAUGGUGGCGGCGGCUGACAACCGCCCUAGCUCCACUCACGUCCUUGAAAGACACAUUCGCUGCCGCAUAUGCCGCACAUUGGUUUGGCCCUGAAGUUGAGAGGCUUGGCUUCACGACGAAAGGAGCAUGGCGCGUCUCAGCCGCCAACGCCGAGUUCAAGCUCUGCCCGUCCUACCCACCGCUGCUCGUUGUACCAGCCUCCAUUGGCGACGAAAUUCUCGACUCCGUAGCAAGUUUUCGAGCGAUGCGUCGCUUACCGGCCGUGGUUUGGCGACAUCGCGGCAACGGUGCCGUUAUCGCUCGCUCUUCACAGCCCGAAGUAGGGUGGUUGGGUUGGCGCUCGUCUGAAGACGAACACCUGCUCGCUGCCUUCGUGGCCGCCUGCAACGCGGACCGCGGCACACUGCCACCGACUACUAACAAGCAACUGAAGAUGCUGAUCGUGGACGCGCGCUCGUACGCGUCUGCGGUGACGAAUCGCGCGCGCGGCGGUGGCUGCGAGAGUGAGCAUUACUAUCCGGCCGCAGACAUACAGUUCAUGAGCUUGCCCAACAUACACCACGUGCGCCGCAGCUUCCAGCAGUUGCGUGCCCUCGUCGCCGAGCCCGAAGAUCAGGCCAACUGGCACAGCAGCUUGGAGCGGUCGCUGUGGCUACAAUACGUGUCGGGCGUGCUACGCGCGGCGGGCGUGGUAGCGCGCGCCGUGCAGGCGGGCCGGCCCGUGCUCGUGCACUGCUCCGACGGCUGGGAUCGCACGCCGCAGAUCGUGGCCGCCGCGCAGCUCGCGCUCGACCCGCACUACCGCACCGUGGAGGGCUUUCGCGUACUGAUUGAACGAGAGUGGCUUGACUUCGGACACAAGUUUGCAGAACGCUGCGGUCACCAUUUUGGACGGGAAGAUUCCAACGAGCGCUCACCAAUAUUCUUACAAUGGCUGGAUGUUGUGCACCAGAUGAUGCUUCAAUAUCCAUGCAGUUUUGAAUUCAAUGAAGCUUAUUUGGUGAAGCUGGCGACGCACGUGCACUCGUGCAUGUUCGGCACGUUCCUGUGCAACUCGGCGCGGGAGCGCGGCGAGGUGCGCGCGGAGACCGUGGCGCACGUGUGGCAGCUGCUGCGCGCGCCCGCCUAUCGCAACCACCUCUACUCGCCGCACCAGCACCAGGUGCUUUGGGCGGAGUGCAGCGUGCGCGCGAUGCAGCCGUGGUGGAGCAUGCUGUGCGGCGAGCGCGAGCGCCACGACCCGCACGCACACAGCGACGCGCCAUCCGCGCCCGCGCCGACACAGCACAGCGGACUGAUGACAAAAACAAGAUCCUGUGAUAAUCUACUGAGUGACGGAGAAAAACGAACCACGCAGAGGCGGUGCAGCGAUCCCAGUAUCGCAACAGACGUAAUGAAGCUGUCGUCGCUGGUGGCGCGCGAGGGGUGCGGGGGGCGCGUGACGCGCGGCGCGCUCUCCGACAGCUGCGUGGACGAGCUGGCGCCGCCCGCCGGCCCCGCCGUACUCGCCGCACAGGUGGAGGGGCUGCACCCGGAGCAUUUCAGCAAGCCGGCGGUGGCCAGCGCAUCUUCAUCUCUGGAGCGCGAGCUGGGCAGCGCCGUGGACUGCGCGGACGGUGCGGACGGUACCGACGGCACCGACUGCACCGACUCCUCGCCGCGCGCCUCGCACACCCCCUACACUAUGCAGAACGGAGUGGCUAGCGAUAUUUCUUCUACCAGCUUGCCUCGAGUUGAGACUUCACCGAAAGGGGAAACACCCGAAGAACCUCCAGUGUUCGUGUGCGAGCCAUAUACAGACGUGAUCUCCGUGCCAGAAGCGCCAAAGGAAAUCGGACGCACACGCAACAUAAGCAUAACAUGGCGAUCGAUUUCUGAGUCGAGCAACCAGUCGUCGACGGGCUUCGACAUCUCCGGCACUCCUCCCGCCAUGCGCGCUGUCGACCGGCCCGUCGACCAACAGAUCGAAAGAUCCGUCGAGCGGGAGAUCGACACAAUAGACAACCACAACUGCACGGAAAGCGACAUAGUGAACCAUAACGUGGACAGUGACGUCACGAGCCGAAACGAUAGCGUGCUCAGCAACGGCACCGUCAACGGGCUCAGCGAUAUCACGGCCAAGUUUUUACAAGCCGAAUUGAAUGGCGGCGCGUCGUCCAGCGGCGCGAGCUCAGAGAGCGAGGGCGAGGGCUCGGGGUCGGCGCGCGGCGCCGCCAGUCAGCUCACGCUGCGCCCCGCUUCGCCGCGCCGCGCGCGCUGCACCCGCUGCAUCUGCGCGCGCGACCACGAGUCGGACGGCAGCGAGACGUGUUGGUGUGGGGGCGGGGAGGCGGACGGCGCGCUACUGCGUGUGCGCUGCGUGUGCGGCGCAGGCGCACGCCCGCACCACGACUCGCCUGACGGCCUGCCGCCCGCCGCCGACCCGCUGCAGGACCGCUUGCACCAGAUCAUACUCUACCACAAGAAAGUAGUAGAAGAGUUAAGUGGGCAGUUGCGAGAAGCCCGUGAAGCAUUGCGAAGAUCAUCUCCUUUAAACGCACAGCCCCCUGCCCGCGCCUCACCCUCCGCACCAUCGCCAACGCUGAUGGCGCAGAGCGUGGUGGUUAGCGCGAGCGCGGGCGGGAGCGGUGGUAGCGUUGGUAGCGCGGGCAGUGGUGGCAGUAGUAGCAGUGGCAGUGCGUCGGAGGUGGAGGUGGGCGAGGAGGUUCGCGCUGCCUGGCUGCCGGACAGCGCAGCGCCGCGCUGCCAGCACUGCCGCAACCACUUCUGGCUGGCGCGUCGGAGGCAUCACUGCCGACGGUGCGGCGGUAUCUUCUGCGGCUCGUGCUCGGAGAUGAGCCCGUGGGGUGAGUGCGGCGCUGUGCGCGUGUGCCGGCGCUGUCGCGAGCUGCGGUGA